AACAAUUUAAAAGAAAGAAAGAAAAUUUGUUUACUUAUUUAUAUUUAUUGAUCUUUUGGAAAACCCCCAUUGGUGCACAUGGGAUCCAGAGUCCAGACUGAACAAUUGAUUGCUUGGCCUUGAAGUUAAAACUAUGUGAUAUUUGUUUGAAAAAAUUAAAAAAAAUUUAAAGAAUGGUUAAUUUAGCUUUCUUGGCUAUCUGUAUUGCAUUUUUUAUGACCCAAAAGGAAAGAAUUUACUAAUAAAAAUUCUAUCAGGAUCAUCAGAGGCUGUGACCAUUGAUUAGAGAGACUUCAAGCCAUGUGUUUUGAUUCCCAUUCCUCUUUUUCUUUUUUUAAAAAAAAAAAAAAAGAAAAGACAAGAAAAAAAAAAAAAAGGAAAAGAAUCUCCCAUAGAAUUAACCAGAAAGUCCUCCUUUUUUAAUUUAAAAAGGAACAGAUUGAUCUUUUUUUCAGGGAAGUGAAGGGUUUUCUUUAGAUUGACCUCACUCGAAAUAUAUAACCCAGUUCAUUAAUUUUCUUGUGUGAAACCUAUUAACUGUUCUUCAAUAGACAACAGUUUGGCUCACUAGAAACCUCCUCUAUAAAUGACCUUGCUGAAUCUCUCCCUCCCUCACAUCAACCUCCCUACCUUUCUCCCUUACACUACAUUCAAAGUAGAAGAAGAAAGAAGAAGAAGAAGAAAACUAGAACCAGAAGAAGAAAAAGAAGAGCUACAGAUUGCAGAAGUCAAGAAGAAGCAUCAGCAUCAGCAACACCAUUUCCAUCCUUUUCUCCAUCAAUGGUGAAGACUGAGGACAAGAUCCAAUCAGACCCAUCAAAAUCCUUGCCAUCAUCAUCAUCAUGUAGAAAAAGGAAGUACAAAGGUGUAAGAAUGAGGAGUUGGGGUUCAUGGGUAUCUGAGAUAAGAGCACCAAAUCAGAAAACAAGGAUAUGGUUAGGCUCUUAUUCCACACCAGAAGCAGCUGCUAGAGCCUAUGAUGCUGCACUGUUAUGUCUCAAGGGUUCAUCAGCCAAUCUCAACUUCCCUUCCCUUACCCAUUCAUCUAAUUUCCCUGAAACAGUUAUGUCUCCUAAAUCAAUACAAAGAGUAGCAGCAGCUGCAGCUGCUAACUGUAGUACUUAUGAAGACAAUGUUACCACCCCAUCAUCUCCUCCACCUCCACCUCCUCCUCCUGCCCCUCCAACCUCCUCAUCCUUGUCAUCGUCGUCUUCGUUGUCGUCAUUGUCAUCUCCUUCACCUUCAUCAUCUAUUUCUGAUCACAACAUUGUUUGGGCCAACUACAGUAUCUGUGAAGCUGAAGAACCAGCAAGUUCAAUGGAUCCAUGGUUUGAUUUUGCAGACUUACAGUUGCCAAAGUAUGCUGAUCAAAUUCUCAAUUCAAAUGCCUCAUUUGCUCCUCCAACAUUUGAAGAAUUUUAUGAUGAAGGUGAUAUUAGACUGUGGAGCUUCUGCUGAUCAGCAUAGAUCCAAUUCAAAUCAACUAUUCCUGCAUUCAUUUUUUGGCUUCCAAGGACCUUAAACCUCUUUGUUUUGAGAGAUUGCUGACAAGUGGCAUAGAUUCAUAUAUUCAUAUUCUUAGUGUAUUUUAGAACAAGGAGUUCACAUUGAGGUUAAUGAUUUUUGGUUCCUCAUGUGAGUUCUAAUUUAUUGAUUUUUAGACAAACUGUUUAGAAUUCUUAAAAAGUUGUAGUUCUAGCUAUAGGACUAUAGAUCAUUCAUGUUAUUUCAUGUAUGGAAAUAAGGUGGAGGAAAAUUCAAUUCCAUCACUAUAUAUUAUUUAUUUGCACAUCAAGUUAUUGAAAAAAUAUCCAAACCAAAAUGUAAGUUUCUUUGAUUAAUGUUAUGUUUUAGUAUAUUUGUGAUG